UCUUUAGCGUGAUCUCCCCUUAUCAUGGAGGUAAGAAUUCUUAUCUCUAUGCCCCUUAUUCUACCUCCAUGGUAACAACUUCAUCUGUGGAUAAAAGAAGCUUGCAAGAAGAAAGAAGAGCAUGUCUCGUGAUAGCUUCACAUCAGGGAGCAGCAGGAGUCAACAAGCCAUCAAUACAAGCAAUGAUGACAGUCAUAUUACAAGUGCUUUCGAAGAUCAGGCAGAGCUUUCCAGCAACAGCCAACAACAUUUUGUGCAGAAUGUAUCGGGUGCAGACAAGGCUAGAAAUUCUGUAGAUCAUGUUUUCAGAGAGAAUGAUACUAUCAACAUUUACAAUGUGUAUGAGAGGACAUUCAAGAAUAAGGACAGUCUGAAGGUACAUCCACUUUUUCGCAGUGGUGACAACUGCUACAGCUGUACCUUCUGUUGCAAGACAUUCACCAAAAGUUAUAGCUUAAAGCAGCAUUUGCGUGUGCACACUGGUGAACGACCAUUCAGCUGCACUGAAUGUAGCAAAACAUUCAAAGCAGCCACUGCUCUGAAGUACCAUAUGGGGCUACACACAGGUGAACGUCCAUUCAUCUGCUCUGUUUGUAGCAAAGCGUUCAUACAAAGUGGUCACUUAAAGGUGCAUUUGCGUAGACAUACAGGUGAACUGCCCUUUAGUUGUACUGUGUGCUGCAAGAGAUUCAUAACUACCACUCUCCUAAAGCAGCACUUGCCUUUACACUCAAGUGAACGCCCUUUCAAAUGCACAGAGUGCAGCAAGAAGUUUAAAUGGAAAGACAGCCUGACAAAGCAUUUACGUGUCCACACGGGUGAGCGCCCCUACUGCUGCACUGUGUGUAGCAAGACAUUCCAAGAUAGUAGUAAUCUAAAAAGGCAUUUGCUUGUCCACUGUGUGAAUGCUCCUUCAGUUGCAAGAUCUGUAGUAAGAUAUUUGCAAUGAACAGUAAGGAAUACAGACGUGAAUGCUUCUAGUUUGAAAACUUAAGAGGAUACUGCAUAUUUUGAAAUGCUGUUGGCUGCGUAUUGUCACACAGCAGUUACCUGAUGGGAACUCUGUUAAUGGCACAUUUUUAAAUGUGUUACGAAUAUUUAAAAACGUUUGCAAACAACAUGAAGAACCAUAUAUCUGCAGAAUUGCUUUUGUGUUGUUGUCAUAUAAAAAUUAUGUACCGUAUUUACUCGAAUCGAAGCCGCACUUUUUUUCCGGUUUUUGUAAUCCAAAAAACCGCCUGCGGCUUAGAAUCGAAUGCAAAGUAAGCGGAAGUUCUGAAAAAAUGUUGGUACGUGCCGCCACAACUUGCCGUCGAAUAUAUGUAGCACUAUACAGGCAUGCUUUGCAGGCACAAAGAUAAAUACUGGCGCCAAAACCUCUGCGUCAAUAAAUAAAUAAAAAAAAGUGGAAGACGAGCUUUUUUUC